CUCCCGUUCACAGUACAGCGCAGCGCCUGUGCAGACUUCAGCCCCUGCCACCCAGAAGCUUCAGUUCUCCUUCCCUCUCUCGACCUGUUAUCAAGUCCAAGCUCACUCUGCUUGCCGCCUGACAGCCAUUCACUGGUGGAAGGCUCAGCUUCUCUUCCUGUGAGCUGAACAGAGGUAUUUUAGUUUAACAGUCAGGCAGAGUGGCAGGGUUCUCUGAGGCAGGACUCUAUGUGUGAUUAUAAAACCUGAAGCAACAAAAAGCAAGCCAAAGAAACAGUUCCAUCGUGGAAUCAGAACUGGCUCUUCCUUCUAAUAGGCCUCUGCUGCCUCCAGCCCACUGAAGCCAAGAAAGACCAUUGCUGGUCCCACCUUCAUCUGGAUCUCACCCUCCAAGAAUCCAGCAAGAAUGAUACAGGCAACUCUGCUGAUAAGCCUCAGCUGCCUCAGCCUCUACACCCUUGGCAGUGGUGUCCGCCGUUAUGACCCUGGGCAGGGUGUUACCAUCCAGUACUUGAGCCUGGCUCCAGAUACAUUCGAUGAUGCCUAUGUGGGCUGCUCAGAGGAGAUGGAGGAGAAAGCAGUGCUUCUGUUAGAGAAGGAGAUGGCCAACCAUACUCGGUUGCGGGAGUCCUGGGAGACAGCCCAGAAGGCCUGGGAGCAAAAACGUCCAGGGCUUAUUCUGCCUCCUGGCUUCAGAAACCAGCACGGAAUCGCCAUCAUGGUCUACACCAACUCAUCCAACACUUUGUACCGGGAGCUGAACCGGGCUGUGCGGACUGGCGGUGGCUCCUGGGAGUCCUACAUGAGCCACUUCCCUUUCAAGGCCCUGCAUUUCUACCUGACCCGGGCCCUGCAGCUGCUGCGGAGUGGUGGGGGCUGCAGCAGGGAACCUGGGCAGAUGGUGUUUCGUGGCGUGCGCAGGAUUCACUUUGAACCCAAGAGUGUGGGGGACUCUAUCCGCUUGGGCCAGUUUGCCUCCAGCUCACUGGAUGAGACAGUGGCCCGUAGAUUUGGUAAUGCCACUUUCUUCUCUCUAAGGACUUGCUCUGGAGCCCCCAUCCAGGCCCUGUCUGUCUUUCCUGAGGAGCGUGAGGUGCUGAUCCCCCCAUAUGAAGUCUUCGUGGUGACGAAUUUCUCUAAGGAUGGAAACAAAAGCCUGGUGACUCUCUCCAGCAGUGAUCAGAUGUGCAGCCACUUUAACUGCGCCUAUCUGGGUGAGAAGAAGAGGCCGAGCUGUGAGUCUAUGCCAAUUGGAGGGCAGGGAGACUCACUCUCCAGGAGGGCCUUCUCUCUGCUCUCCUGGAAGACCCUGCUCUUGGCCUCUUGGGGGUUCCAGCUCUUAGGAGCUGGGCUCUGAAAAUUCAGUGCCUGCUACUUAGGAGUCCUGGCAACAUGUGACCUCUAGAUGAAGAAAGGAGGCUUCAAAGAGCUUGGAGAAGCAAGAAGGUGGUUUCAGACCCAGACCUAGCAGCCAUGUCUUCAACCAGGAUAUUGGGGAAUUUGAGCCCAUGGUAGGGUGGAGGGAGCCCCGCUCUGUGGUGGGGACCCCGGGAACAAGCAAGGGUAGUGCUGUGAUGGCCACUCCAUUAAACAGAGCUGCAUUGUGAUGACA